AUGGCUACUGAAAAAGACGGCAUGAGUGAAACCCAAACUAGGAAAAAGUCUAAAAACGAGAAGAACCCAGUGGAUGAAGCUGAACUUCUAACUGUCCCUGAUGGCUGGAAAGAGCAACCUUUCACUAAAGAAGACAAUCCUCGCGGAAUGCUGGAGGAGAGCAGCUUCGCCACCCUCUUCCCAAAAUACAGAGAAUCCUACCUAAAAGAUUGCUGGCCGCUGGUGGAGAAAGCUUUGGGGGAAAUGUAUAUUAAAGCCACACUGGACCUAAUUGAAGGAAGCAUGACUGUUUGCACCACAAGAAAAACCUUUGACCCCUACUCCAUCAUCAGAGCCAGGGAUCUCAUCAAGCUGCUCGCCCGCAGCGUUCCAUUUGAACAGGCUGUACGGAUAUUACAAGACGACAUGGCAUGUGACAUAAUAAAAGUAGGAACCCUGGUGAGGAACAGAGACCGAUUUGUGAAGCGAAGACAACGUCUUAUCGGACCUAAAGGUUCCACUUUAAAAGCUUUAGAACUCUUGACCAAUUGCUACGUGAUGGUUCAAGGCAACACCGUGUCUGCUUUGGGACCCUACAAUGGCUUAAAGGAGGUGCGUAAAGUUGUCAUGGACACGAUGAAAAACGUCCACCCCAUCUACAACAUAAAGACCCUGAUGAUCAAACGGGAACUGUCCAAAGACCCCGAGCUCCGCGUGCAGAACUGGGAGCGCUUCCUACCCAAGUUCCGACACAAGAACCUGGCCAAGCGCAAGGAGCCCAAGAAGAAGAGUGUAAAGAAAGAGUACACUCCUUUCCCGCCACAACAGCCGGAAAGCCAGGUCGACAAGGAACUGGCCUCGGGUGAAUUCUUCCUUCGAGAGAGCGUGAAAAAAAGGAAGAAGAUGGAAGAGAUAAAGGUGAAGCAAGCCGAGGCGCUGACUAAGAAACAGCAGCAGAGGAAUAAAGCAUUUAUUCCUCCGAAGGAGAAACCCCUACCGACACAGACUAAAGCGCCGGUGGAAAGCAAGCUAGACAUCAACGCCAUAAAGGAGAAAGUGAAAAAGGCUAAAACCAAGAAACUGGGAGCUCCGCCAGUGAAUCCGACGCCUGCCGCCAACACCUCUUCAGACAAAAAGAAGAAAAUGAAGAGCAAAAGCUGA